AUGGGGGGGGGGGGGUUCCUGUUGCCACUGGAGCCGGGCGGGGCCGUGGGCGCGGCAGCCAAUCAGAAUUAGGGCGGGGCCAGGGGUUCGCCCGGCCUCGGCCAAUGGGAGCGCGGGGGGCGGGGAACGCGGGACCCCCGGACGGUCCGGGACCACCAAAACCCUCGGGGACAGCGGAGCCACCGGCACCGACGGGACCCCCAGGAACCCGAGGAGCCCCCGGGACCCCCGGACCCGCUGGGACCCAGCAGGCCAGGUGCCCCCAUGCCGCUCCUGAGCCCGCGCCUCUGCUUCCACGGGGGCCUCUUGGUGGCCUUCAUCACCACCUUCCUCCUCCUCCGCGGCCUCCUGCCGGGCGGCACCGGCGGCACCGAGGAGGACGCGGCGCUGGAACGGUGCCUGGAGAGGCCGGUGGCCGUGGGAGACUCGCGGGACGCGUGGGGACCGGGGACCUUCCAUCCCUGCCCGCCCGGGGCUUGUGCCAGCGGGGUUACUGCUGGCACCCCGUCGUGGAGGCGGUGUCCCCUCCGUGCCCCUGUGGCCUCUGUGCUGGCCCUGCCCCGGGCAGGGGCUCUGCUGACCAGGAACAGCCCCCAGCGCCCCUUCCCCACCCUGCCCGUGGCACCGAGGGGGUGGGGGGCUCUGGGUGCCCGGUGCCACACCCCCGCGACCCCCAACGCCCCCGGGACCCCCGCGGUCCCCAACGCCACCCGGAGCCACCCGGGUCCCCAGGCACCCAAAUCCCCCGAGCCCUGCCCGUCCCUUCCCGGACCCCCCCGCGGGGAAGUGCCCCCAAAUUCGGGGGGUUCCUACACCCCCCCGAGCCCCCGCGUGUCCCCUCCCCACCUCCGCACGCCGCUGUCCUGCGGUGUUGGCUCCACCCAGUCCCUCAGGCCACGCCCACAUAUGGUCACACCCCACUAA